CUACAUAAUUCUUAUUACAGAGUGGCUGAGAAAAAUGUGUAUCCUGUAUAGAGAUUGCGAUGUUAGAAACUUCACCCUGUGUCUGCUGGCUGUUACACUGAGUUUGACUGGAUGUGACCUCUAUUGUGACAAGAUGGCAACAUGCAAAUCAAGUAGUAUGGCUGCAUCUGGUCAUGCUGACAGCUGGCAGAGCAGAAAAUCGCUUACACAAAGUCUCAGACAUUCUUUUGAAAAUAGAAUGUUCAGUGACGUGACAUUCAAGGUGGGAAGAGAACAAAAGACUGUCCAGGCUCAUAGACAGAUUCUCAGUAUCCGCAGCGGCGUGUUCGAGGCCAUGUUCUACGGACCAUUGGCAGAGCAGGGUGAGAUCGUCAUUCCGGAAGUAGAACACGACAUAUUUGAACAGUUUCUAAGACUGUGA